AUGGCUAGCAACUGGGGCCGCCUUGCUAGAGAUUCCUUGUCUCCCUACAGACAGGAAUCGAAUGAAAUCGCCGAUGUUGUCGAACGUCUAAUGAAGGAGCGUGAGCAAGGUCGACAACAGAGAGCCUGGUUGCAUUUAGCUGAUGUCGAAGCCCGUCUCGAGGCCGCCAACAAACAAGUGACUGAUCUCAAAGAAAGCCUCCAGGCCUCGCAGCACCGCGUCGCUGAAGUUGAGGCCAGUGCUGCUCAGGCUAAAGUCGAUGCUGCUCGUCGCAUCGCUCGGCUCAAGACAAAGUUCAAAGCCGGUGCUCGUCUGUGGAUUCAACUCUGCAAGGCAUUUCAAGAGACCGGCAACGAUACCGCCUCAACUGACGCUCAUGCCGAAAACGAGAGUGCUGGAUCCGCCGCUGACGUCAACUCGUCUGCCAAUGCCGAAGAGCAAAGCAACCAACCUGAGCAACAGGUGUCUCCCAGCAGCUCAAACACCACCGCCAACACACUAAUCAAAAGAGAGGAAAGUCCUCUUCAUCUUUCCGUCGCUAGUUAUCAACCAAGCGAAGGAAGCGGGAUGAGCUACAUCUCCCUCCCGCCCUUUAAUGGAGGAAAUUCGCGACUACGUUAUUGCGACAGCAUCUCAAAUAGCGAUGGAAGCGCCGUCUCCAGCAUGUCUGAGGAUGUAGAGAUAAAGCAACAGCACGAAGCGCCCAGCAACAAUAACGGCGUAAGACGCUUCAGCGGUAUAUCGCCCGAUGACCUGCUAGUCGAUGAAAUCUAUGGGAUUGAGCGCGAGAGACGUCGGGAGUUGAAAGAAGAGGAUGAAGCUAUCAACGGGCGUGGCGAAGGCGGUGCCAAGCGUCAACGAACAGAGUAG